UGCAGCUGCUGGGAGAAAACUAAACGGGAGCUGCUCGCGGGCAGUUCGUCGUUCGUAGCACGGUUGCGAGUUACGAGUAUGAAUGUGUAUGCAACGGUGUAUGUGCGCAUGAAUAGACCGCGCGGGCGCCGCGCGUUCCUACAUGUUGCUCCGGAUUCCUUUUUUUUUUCAAACGUUAAAUGCUAAACGUUGAAAUGAAAAAAACGUGUUUUUUCCUUCAUCUGUUCGUUGCUAUUGGUUUAGUUUCAGCUAUUUUACCCAAUGGUGAUGUUGUCUUAAGAGAAUUGGGUGAAAAGGAGUAUAGAACAAUAAAAGAAAAAGCAACACAUGAAUCCAAUUUUCUUGUACACGGAGCUUGCUGGCACAAUGCUCUCAAAGUACUGGAAUCCAGCUGCGACAGAUUAAAUGACCAUGAACAUUCCCUGUUGGCGCUUCGGCUAGCUAACUGUUUCUUGGAAGAUUCUGGACAUGUCGUUUACAAUUGCCAUCUCAGUGAAUCAGCAAACUCUAGGAGGGAAUGCAUCAACUCCAUGUCCGAUAGAGCUUUUGGAGUGUACAACGAAUUUUACACCCAUUCUGCACAUAUUUGUUUCUUCUUGAACCAUGAAAUGUGGCAAGCAGAAACAGAAAACAACAUUGAACGUUUGUACAAGGCAUCCAUGGUCAUGAGAGAACAGUUACUCGAAGCCACAGAAAUGCAGAGCAUUGUUUUGGAAAGUCAAAGAGAAGGACUGAGGAUACAAAAUGAGCUUCUCGAUCAUGGAAAAGAACUGGGCAAUGUUAUAAGAACUUCUGCUGAAACAGUCAGUGGCAUGGUUGUGGAUUUUAAGGAAUCUGCCAAAGAUCAGAGAGAACUUCUUUACGAAAUAUUUUCAUACAUGAGAACCUUUCAAAAUUGGAUACUCUCGGAAGUGUCAUGGUUUCAGUCUAUAGCUUAUUACACAGUAGCGUGUAUUAUUUGUGCGCUUUUAAGUUCUUCAAAGCGAACUGCAGAAGCUAGAAUAAGUUUAUUUACGAUUUUAAGCUUAAACGUAACUGCAGAAAGAAUGCUCGUUUGUUAUAUUGUGAAUCAUUCCCCAGACGACAAGAUCGAAUUAGUAAACAUGAGUUGGUACUUUCGAAAAAUUGGUUUGGUACUUUGCAUCUUCACACUCGUUUACACAUACUAUUCCUACAAUGAUAACAACUUUGAAAAUUACAAAAUUCUAAGAAGGAUCGACGAUCGACUUAAUCACAUUCAAACAGAAACGACGCAACCCUUAAGAUUUUCCAAAAGAUUGGCUCUUAAGCGAUCCAAAGACAAUAAUCCGGAGCAUUAGAGUCCAUAAUUUAAGUAUUGAGCAAUUCUCAAUAACAAUUUGUACAAUACAACGUAAGUUUUUCAAGCAUCCAAAAAUCAAUGGAAAACAGAGCUUUUAUUGAUUCAUUUUUUUAUGCCUUUUACAGAGAUGUCAGAAGAUUCUUCCUGAAGAAUUACAAGAACAGCACUGUAGAGAAUCAAAAUGCAAAACUUGUCAUUCAACAAUUACAAUGCAUUCCAUGACUUUUAUUUUAUUAUUUAUUUAUUUAUAGAAAUAAACUUCGUGAUAAACGUC